UCCCGCUCUCUCUGUGGCUCCAGAGAGGGGGGUGGAGCUGUUGGGUCUCUCUGUGCCAGCCCGGGGCAGAAAUCAAUGCGUGGAGCUGGUCCCUGGCAUCCAGAGAGCAAAGGAGGGUGGGCUCCCACCCAUCCCCAGUUAAAGACCCAGCCUCAGGAGAACCUCUGAGCUGGAUCUCUCAGGAGCGCACCCCACCUCCACCAUUUCAAUUCAUCAACUUGGAAGGACUCCCUCCCAUGGAGAUCGGGGCCAGGCCCUACUUGCUUCUGGAAAAGGCCCUUCCUUUGCAGCCGGCUCCCCACGGCUCCCCAGCCGUGACGCUGGCAAGCUCGUGCUCUGUGCCAGGGUGGAGGCUGAGCUUGGGAUCCGGGGAGGGGGCUGGCGACCCUCUGCGCUGGUGGCGGCCACUGGUUCUGGAGCCCUCUGCCUGCCCUUUGGAGAGCCUUAAACUUCCCAGAAGAGGAAUGACUCGCUGUGCCAGGUGGUAGGAGCUAUGGGGGAGGGUGCCGGAUCCGUCCCCCUCAGGGGCCCACCGGCAGCACAAUAGCCCCUGGGGCUGCUGCUCUCUGGCUUAACUCGUUGCCUGGGCAACAGCUGGGGCCCGUUUCCACCAAUCCACGGCAGAGGCUGGGUGGUGGGCGGGAAGCCAGCCGGGGAAGGGAGGGCACCAGCCCCUUGGGCGGGACCCUAUAUAAGGAGGAGGAAUGUGAGUGGAGAGGUCUGGGCUUCGCUCUCCCUCCAGUGGGCUUGGGGGCAGGGCACAAAGAUGCUUAGGUUGGGCUACACCAAACCUGGGUCCUGGGCCAGCUUCUGGGCCAUCCUGACCCUAGUGGGCCUGGUCACUCGUGCAGCCCAGAAAACCGAUGUCGGCGGGGAGUCAACGGGCACCUCCAUCAACCACUCCCAGACGCUGCUCCAACGCCUGCAGGAGCUGCUGCGGCAGGGCAAUGCCAGCGACGUGGUGCUGCGGGUCCAGGCUGCGGGCACCGAUGAGGUCCGAGUCUUCCACGCCCACCGCCUGCUGCUGGGACUGCACAGUGAGCUGUUCCGGGAGCUGUUGAGUAACCAGAGCGAGGUGGUGCUGCAGGAGCCCCGGGACGGUGCUGCUGUCUUUGACAAGUUCAUCAGGUACCUCUACUGCGGCGAACUGAUCGUGCUGCUGGCGCAGGCCAUCCCCCUGCACAGGCUGGCCACCAAGUACGGCGUGUCCUCCCUGCAGCGGGGCGUGGCCGACUACAUGCGCGCGCACCUGGCGGGCGGCGCGGGCCCGGCGGUGGGCUGGUACCACUACGCGGUGAGCACCGGGGACGAGGCCCUGCGCCAGAGCUGCCUGCAGUUCCUGGCCUGGAACCUGUCGGCCGUGGCGGGGAGCGCCGAGUGGGGAGCCGUGAGCCCCGAGCUGCUGGCGCAGCUGCUGCCGCGCUCGGACCUGGUGCUGCAGGACGAGCUGGAGCUGUUCCACGCGCUGGAGGCGUGGCUGGGCCGCGCGCGGCCGCCCCCCGCCGUGGCCGAGCGGGCGCUGCGCUCCAUCCGCUACCCCAUGAUCCCGCCGGCGCAGCUGUUCCAGCUGCAGGCGCGCUCGGCAGCCCUGGCGCGCCACGGCCCGGCGGUGGCCGACCUCCUGCUGCAGGCCUACCAGUUCCACGCCGCCUCGCCGCUGCACUAUGCCAAGUUCUUCGACGUCAACGGCAGCUCCUUCCUGCCCCGCAACUACCUCGCGCCCGCGUGGGGCGCCCCGUGGGUCAUCAACAACCCGGCCCGCGACGAUCGCAGCACCAGCUUCCAGACGCAGCUGGGCCCCAGCGGCCACGACUCGGGCCGCCGGGUCACGUGGAACGUGCUCUUCUCGCCGCGCUGGCUGCCCGUCAGCCUGCGGCCCGUCUACGCGGAUGCCGCGGGCACCGCGCUGCCCCUCGCGCGCCCCGAGGACGGCCGGCCGCGGCUCGUGGUCACGCCGGCCAGCAGCGGCGGCGACGCGGCGGGCGUGAGCUUCCAGAAGACCGUGCUGGUGGGGACGCGCCAGCACGGCCGCCUGCUGGUCCGCCACGCCUACAGCUUUCACCAGAGCAGCGAGGAGGCCGGCGACUUCCUGGCGCACGCCGACCUGCAGCGGCGCAACUCCGAGUACCUGGUGGAGAACGCCCUGCACCUGCACCUCAUCGUGAAGCCCGUCUACCACCCCCUCAUCCGGAUCCCCAAGUAGCCAAGCGGGGCCCGGGGCGGGAAGCUCGGCGUCCCUGAGGCCUCUGGAUCGGGAAAUACAGGCCCGGCAGAGAUGGGCCAGAGGGACCAGGAGUGGCAUGGCCAGUGGAGGUGCCCACCCUGGCCCCUUGGGUGGAAUCCAGCUGAGGGGUGGUAGACCAGAUGCCUGGUUUCAGGAGCUGAUUUCAUGCUGACUUGAAGGUAACACGGUAGAAUAAACCAAU